AUGACCUCUUCUACUCAGAGGGCGAACACCGUUGAAGUGGCCGUCCGUGUCCGCCCCAUCCGCCGUGAUCUUCACGAGUCGAAGACUGCCUGGCGUGUCGAUGCGACAACCCUCGCUGAGAUUGCCCAGCCAGAUAACACCUUCACUUUUGAUCGCGUCUACGAUGCCGACGCGACGACGACAGAGGUGUACGAGCGCCAUGUGCGCAGCAACAUCGUAGCGCGGGUGGCGCAGGGGUAUAACGGCACUGUGUUUGCCUACGGCCAGACUGGGAGCGGCAAGUCCUACACCAUGUUCGGUGACACUGCGGCCCGCUCGCCUGGGCUGAUCCGCCUUGCUGUUCAUGACCUCUUCAAGACUCUCGCUGCGGAACAGCAGCAGAAGCCAUACAUGCACACAGAGGUGUUUGUAUCUGUGCUGGAGAUCUAUAACGAGCUUCUGCGAGACCUUCUUCGAGCCGGUGACGCCGGUGGCAGCCGUGUCAACAAUGCACCACCUGCCGCUCAUGCUCGAGGACGUGCGUCUGCGUCGUCGUCAACGGCGACGAUGCCUCUCUCAGCAUCGUCGCCGAUACUCAGCAUUCGUGAAAAUGAGUACGGCAUGUUCGUGCACAAUGCCCUGCGCACGCAGGUCUCGUCAGAACAGGAAUGUACCACCGUCAUCUACACCCAUGCGGCAUCCCGGGUGUCGGCGGCGACGGCGAUGAACGAGCACUCCAGCCGCUCCCAUUGUGUGAUACGCAUCUUGGUGGAGCGCUCGUAUUACAUCGAGGAUGCGCUCUCCGAGGUAGACGAGGAGGAAGACGAAGAUGACAGCCUCUCUAUGCAAGAGGAGGAGGAGGAGGACGAUGACGGACGCGCCUCUUCCACGCAGACGGGUAGAAGCGGCACGAGCAACACGGGAAGUAAAGAGGCACGGCGCGUUGGAACAACGACAGGGCAGAAGACUGCGAAGCACAAGAAGAAGGUCAUCUCGACGCUGAACAUGGUCGACCUGGCGGGAUCGGAACGAGUGGCGAAGUCAGGCGCGACGGGGCUGCGUAUGAUCGAAGGUGGCCACAUCAACAAGUCCCUCACCACCCUAGCCACUGUCAUAGAUCGGCUGGCAAGCGAAGCGAGUCAUCUGCACGCCGGCGGUGCCAUGCCCUUCAUCCCCUACCGGGACUCGCGGCUGACUCAUCUACUGAAGAGCGCCAUCGGAGGCAACUCGUUCACGGUCGUGCUGUGCUGUAUCACCCCCGCUAUCGAGAGCUCCGCCGAGUCGCGCAGUACCCUGCAGUUUGCCUCUCGCGCCAAGCGCAUAAAGAAUAGGGUGCGUGUAAACGAGGUGGCUAACGCGCGGACGCGCGUGCGGGAGCUUGAGGUGGCGCUGAGGCGUGCAAAAAAGCUCCUCAUCGCCCAGACGCUUUACUUGUGGAGUAAGCAGCUAAAGAUACGCAACUACGAGACGCAGCUGUCUGAUGCCGGGCAAACCGGUGCGGUGCUGAGGGAGUUCACGCCGGCUACCUCUGGCCCGACUCUAUUGAUGAACCAGCAGCAGCAGCAAUCCAUGAUCAUAGCACAACUGACUUCACAGAACGACGCACUGCAGGAAGAGAUCCGUGAGCUCAAGGCCCGGUUAGAGCUUGUGCACGAGAGUGGCGACCGUGGUGGUGGCGGCGAGACGUCAGCAAACACUGGCGCAGGCGCCCUUGCCGAGCUUGCAUCUUUGCGGCAGUCACUGCAGUCCACUCAGCAACUCCUGAAAGAGCGUGAGGCGAAUCUGAAGGCGACGCAGGCAUCUCUCGACGAGCUGGAUGAUCUUUGUCGGGAGCUGGAAGGGGAAAACAAGUCCCAAGAGGACAAGAUCAAGACGCUUGCUCAGCGUAACAGCGAAGCCGAGGAGCUCAUGAGCGCUGUGGAGGAAGAGCACGGCGCGCUGCAGCAGGAGGUGACGCUACUACGCUCGCAGCUUCAUCAAAGUCAGGCGCGGCUGCUGGAGAAACACCACGGCGAGGACUACGUCGCCGAGCUCAACAAGUUGCACGUCGAGCAUCAAAGCCUGCAGUAUUCCUACAAUCAGCUCAAGGAAAAGGCGGACCGCGAGAAAGCGGGGCUUAUGCAGCGCUUGAGCCGUUUAACCGAGCACAAACAUGCUCUGGAAGAUGAGCUCGACGAGGCCAACGACCGCGGAGGCAUCAUAAACUCAUACCUCUGGCGUCUACUGAGCGCCGCAGCGCAGGCAACGCAGGGGAAACCGCUGCAGAUCAAAUAUCCAGAGACCACCGUGCGCGACUCUCAGGUGACCGAGGCAGUGCGGUCUCUCACCAGCUUGGCGAUGACGCUGAACUGCAAGCACGAUGACAGCACCACAGCUGGCGAGAGCAUGCAUCAGCUUCACAGACGCAUACACGUGCUCGAGGGGCAGCUCCUCGCAAAGGACGCACAGAGGGACGUGAUUAUCGACGCAAAGUUAAAGCGCAUUCAGAGUCUGGUGCUACGCCUGUACAGGGUCAAUAUUGCCCUGGUAGAGGAGAUGCAGCAGUGCUUCCACGACAACGAGCUUCUCUUCGAGAUCGCCAUGAAGACGUCCAAGACUCAGAAGAAGGUGGAAAGGGCGGGGCUGACAGCGCGGUCGCUGGAGGCUGCACUCAACCGGGCCCGUUUUGCACAGCCUCCGCAUAAGCCCCUUUACCACAACUGA